UCUUAUUCCUCUAUUUCCACAUGUCAAGCAGCACCUAGUUACCUCUCACUUAUUCUUUCUGGAAACAUGCAUCAUGUUGAUUUUGAUGAUGAUGAUCUUGACAGUUAUCUUGAAGGCUCUGUUUGGUCUGAAAAGCCGUCUGCUUCUGAAAUAUUCUCAUCUAAACCUGGAGAUGUUAUCAGUGUAUUUCCACGUUCUUCACAUUCUAAUAUGAUUUAUGGAUAUCCUAUUAACUACAAGGAGACCGUUUUUCCUACCCAUCGAGGCCCUCCAGAUCAAUCUUAUGAUAGCUAUUAUACAAAGAUCACAGAAAGCCGACCGAGAUCACCAGGACCUGUUGCUGGAGCUGGAGAAAUUACGAAUACUAGCCAUGGAUUCACAAUUGAAAUCGACGUCUUCCAUUUUAUGCCAGAAGAGAUUAAAGUUGUGCUCACAGAUGAUACGUUGAGCAUUUCAGGAGAACGUUUUGAAUCCACUGGCGAUGGACAUACUCUUCGAAGAAGUUUUUCGAGAAAGUACUCAAUCCCGGACGAUGUUCAUCUAGACACUAUUCGAAGUCACCUCACCAAUUCUGGAGUUCUCAUCAUUAAUGGUUCUCGUAAAGGAUGGCGUGAGACAAGCAUCUCAAGCUAUCACCCAACAACUCAACGAAACGUGGCAAGAAGUGUGACAUCAAUUGUUUAAAAAUACAAAUACUCAAGUACAAUGUAACUAUAGCUACCCUGUGAUGCUUUCCGCAUUCAUAUUUUUCUCGAAAUUUUCUUCCUGUGAAAUUUACUCCCCCGUGCAUGACAUAUUUUGCUUUCAUAUGAACCAUUUAUUUUUG